CAAGCAAAACACUGGUGGAACUGCUAAAACUAUUAGAGGAUCAUUUCCAGCCCAAACCACUGGAAAUUGAGGAAAGAUUCUGCUUUUACCAAUGGCAGCAGCAAUCAGGGGGAGAUAUUAAAGCAUAUGUGGUGGCCAUUCACAAACUGGCCUUCACCUGUUCAUUUGGAGAGUACCUACCCAUAGCUCUGCGGGACAAGUUUGUGCUAGAACUGAACAGUGAAACCAUUCAAAAUAAACUUCUGACAGAGCAGACACUCACCCUUACACGGGCGAUUGAGAUUGCAUCAGUCAUGGAAAUGGCUGUGAGGGAUACUGCAGCAUUGAACGCUCAGUUUUACAAAGAAGGGGUAAAAGAGGAGGUCUUCAGAGAAGCUGUCACACCAGCUACGGCCAACUGA